CGCGAUAUGUGGUCGACUUGAUAACGCGUUCAGUGUUUAUACGUCUUGAAAAUUAACCGUACGUUGUGACUGGUCAUUGUGGUGACCGAUCGCUAUAUAAAUGAUGUAGAGCCCCGGUCGCCGCAUUUAAUGUUGUAUUAUCGAACGAUAUAGACCUGCUUCUAACAUAACCUAACCUAAUCUAACUUUUAUCGAAAUAAUUAAAGUGAUGGCGCCGAUUACAGACAGUGUUAACGGAAGUAAAAUCUAUACACCCGUGAAGCAAAGCCUACCCGAAGUCGAUUCUGAUGACGGAAAUGGCGCGAAACGGUACUCAUACGAAACCCUUGUGGAGAUAGCGAAUUUUCUACUAUCCCGCGUCUCAAUCCGGCCAUGUAUUGGCGUCAUUUGCGGCUCUGGGAUGGGUUCGUAUUGGAAACAGGGAUCAUUAGCUGAAACUAUAACUGAUGCGGAGUGCAUAGCUUACGAAGAUAUACCCAAUUUCCCUGUGAGCACUGUUGAGGGACACCAUGGGAGGCUGGUGUUCGGGAGACUGGACGGCAUUCCAGUAGUGGCCAUGCAAGGACGAUUCCACUAUUAUGAAGGAUAUCCGUUAUGGAAAUGCUGCCUACCGGUUAGAGUAAUGAAGCUUAUAGGGGUGAAGACACUUAUUGCCACUAACGCUGCAGGAGGUCUGAACCCUAAUUACAAGAUCGGCGAUUUUAUGAUAAUGAAGGAUCACAUUAAUAUGAUGGGUUUCGCUGGCAACAAUCCAUUACACGGACCAAAUGACGAGAGAUUCGGACCCCGGUUUAUACCGAUGAACAAAGCUUAUAAUUAUGAAUACAGACAAAUUGCUAAACAGUUGGCCAAAGAACUGAACAUUGAGCAUUUAGUAAGAGAGGGAGUGUACACUUGUCUUGGAGGACCUAAUUUCGAAACGGUCGCAGAACUAAACAUGUUGAAAAUGGUAGGAGUUGACGCCGUUGGUAUGUCGACUGUACACGAGGUAAUUAUAGCGAGACAUUGCGACAUGAAAGUAUUCGCUCUAUCAUUAAUAACCAACGAGUGUAUUACGCGCUACGACCAGGACGAUGAGGCGAAUCACGAAGAGGUUUUGGACGUGGGUCGAAUGAGGCAGGACAUCCUUCGCAAAUACGUUACCAAACUAGUUGCUAAGUUCGCUGAAGUAGAAAACUAUUAGUAACAAGUUCAAAUAUAUAUUUAACAACCUAA